AUGAUAAUUGGUGUCAUCAUUGGCUAUUUUGCACCCAAUGUUCAAAAGUCCUUUGCGACGGUUCAGUUUGGCUCUGUGUCGGUGCCUAUCGCUAUUGGUCUACUUGUGAUGAUGUACCCAGUCUUAUGUAAAAUACAAUAUGAAAAACUGCAUCUCAUUCUUUCGAAAAAGAGUAUCUGGGCGCAAAUAGGUAUUUCCAUCUUUAUCAAUUGGAUUAUUGGACCGAUUGUUAUGACAGCGCUUGCUUGGGCCUGUUUGCCUGAUUUGCCUGGCUUCCGAACGGGCGUAGUCAUGGUAGGACUGGCAAGAUGUAUCGCCAUGGUUUUGAUUUGGAAUACUCUCUCGGGUGGAGACGAAAAUUAUUGCGCUAUUUUGGUUGCUGUCAAUUCCAUUCUUCAGAUUGCUUUAUAUUCACCCUACGCGUUUUUAUUUAUCAAUAUAGUACCAUCUUGGUUUGGCGCACCGCCUAACCAAGCAAUACUUGUUGAUAUAUGGCCUGUCGCCCAAUCGGUUCUUAUUUAUCUUGGCAUUCCACUAGUUGCAGGUUUUAUAACUCGCAUGACAUUACGCUGGUGUAAAGGCAAUGAAUGGUACAAAGAAAAAUUCUUGCCUCAUUUCGGACCUCUUGCUCUGGUAGGUCUUUUGUAUACUAUUAUUGUCAUGUUUGCUAAUCAAGGACAUCACAUCAUCGAAAAUAUCGGAUCUGUUUUUCGUGUUGCUGUUCCUCUGUUCUGCUAUUUUGUUAUCAUGUUUUUCGUACCCUUUUUCGUCCUUAAAAUGCUUCUUCGAACUCCUUACGAACUAGUUGUGACUCAAUCAUUCACAGCUGGAAGUAAUAACUUUGAAUUAGCUAUUGCAGUAGCAGUAGGUACCUUUGGUAUCAAUUCUGAACAAGCUCUAGCAGCUACUAUUGGGCCCUUGAUAGAGGUUCCCGUCUUAGUUGUGCUGGUGUACAUUACUCUCUAUUUGAAGAAAAAACUGGUUUGGAAAAAUGACACAGAGCAUGCACAGAAGGAGGAUUUGGAGAAGAAUGGUCAAAAUCCUUGA